AUGGCGGGGUCAGCCUGGACAAGGCGCGGCUGUGAAGCCAAUGACAGCAAUGACGUCGUUGUCGAAGCGCUCAAUCUUAAGCCACCUUCAACGUCAGCUCGACCAAGGGGGGACCAGAUGUGGCAUUUGCAACCGCUGCUCCGGCUCACCUCUAGCCGUGAUUUGAUUCUCCGCCGUGGAAAGUCUACUACAUACUCCCUUUCCGGCUCCAACAUCAUGGCCCCUCCGCCCUCUGACAAUGGCCCCAAGUCCGCAACACAUGGUAGCUAG